GAGACUCUGAGAUGACAUGAGAGAGAAGCCCAGCCAUCCUAGUAUUUCAGUUGAGCCCGAUUCCCACCCACCAGCUGAGCACAGGUAUAUGUGUGAUCACUAGCAAAAUGAGCAGAACUGGCUAGGUGAGCCCACCCCCUACUACAAAAUUAUGAGCACAUAAAAUGGUUAUUUUUUUGAGCAUUAAGCUUUAGGGUGGUUUGUUACACAGAAAUAGAAAAGCAGAAGUGUAAUAUGUUCUUGAAAAUAUAAGUUUUGCUGAAGGUUGUUGACUUUUCUUGGUCUGUUUUGACAGUUUUAGUCUUCAUCUGGCUUGCCAAUAUCAGGCAGUGUUGAAGACAGAAAAUAGUAAAGAGUAACUCUUCCUCUCCAAAAGCUCAUCUUACUGUGCCUUAACAGGAUGGGUUUCUUUGACGCUUGGGUGAUUGAGGUAAAUGUGAUUUCUCUGUGCUGAGUCUCUUCAGAGACACCUUGGGAGAGAGAGGAUUGCUUCCUUUGCUCAGGUCUGAUUUGUCUGUUGAAUUUCUCUCUGCCAGCCUUUAUUGUGGCUUUUCUUUAAAUCCCUCUCAGAAUUGAACUGGAUUUGGCCUAUGUCUGCCAAGUGAGACAAGAUGGAAUACCCUUUCUUCCUCACUUGAACUUAUUCUGUUGUACAGAAGUGACUGGAGGUAUCUUUUGGGGCUGAGACUGGAUCUAAGACCAGGAAUCACCUUUAUUUUAGAUGAUUCACAUAUUACCUAAGGAAAGAUAUAAUAUAGUGAGACUUUGCUUGUGCAGUUUAUUUUUCCCUCUUACAGACCAGAUUCCCUCCUAUUUAACUUUAAAUAUUGCAAUGUAGACUUUUUUUUCAUAGGUUUCUACUAGGGAAAAGAAUCAGUGAUCUAAAAAUAUUUUUUGAACAAACAUUUUGUUGGGUUAAAAUGCAUUUUUAUCUUAAAACCUACAUAAAGAUAGAUUUAAAAUAUUACAUAGCUUGAUUGGCUUCCAGAUUGGUGGAGUGAGGCCUCAGUGUAUUUUUCCUCUAAAACAACAAAAACAUGGGCAAAUCAACUAAAAUGAACCAUUUCAGAAUUCUGGCAAUUAACUGAAGCCAAAGAAUGAACUGAAAGUCAUCUGUCCAAGGGGAAAACUAUUGAACUUUGGGAAGACAGUGAGAUCUGUGAAUUUUAACUUGUGACUACUCCCAUUUUCCCUCCUUCCUCAGCGGCACAGCAAAAGCUGGCAGGAUUGCAGACAGUGGAGAGUUAUGACUGACUACUUUUGGAGACCCAUUAAAAGCACUAUCCGCAGAACACUGUUAAUAUUUUGUCACAACUUGCAGCUCCCUGGGAAAACUAUUUUCAGAGAAUGAUUGGCUUUUUUAUUUGACUCAGUGCUCAGCUCAGUUGCGGGGAAGAAAAAGCCCAUCCCAGGGCUUCCCUGAAACAAUAGCGACUGUUGGCAACAUCUCCACCACUUAAGGCUGUGAUUUCAGUUGGGGCACACAGGAGCCUGGCCAGGAACUUAAAAGAAAUCCUGGAGAAUUAGUCAACUAUAGGGAACUUUGAAAAGCAUCAGCAUAUUCCUGGGUAUAUAAAAGGCUGCACUAAGUGCAAGCUGUGCACACAUCUAGGAAAGACCUGGGGAAAGGAGAGGAUCACCUCUGGGUGAUCUUAAGCCUCAGGGCAAGCAGUAUGUGAAAGCUAGGGCUGUUUUAUAAGCUGCCUGAAGUUUGAAGAUGUGACUCCUCAACAAAGAUUCCAUUAGCGAAGGGUGAAAGAUGUAUAUAGGAAAGGCAUUUAAGAAAAUCUUUUGACCAGUCAUCGGUUGGUCACUAACUUAUACCAAUCCAGGUAUGACUCCUAGGAAGCCAGGCUUAAAAAUAAAAACAAGAGCUUAAGAAAAAAAUCCAGCAGAAAACUCAAGGGCCAUGAACUACAGGGAAUACAGAACCUACAGAAUUAAUUCACUAAAGUGCUAAACAAAGAAGCAGCACCAAGAAAAAUAAUAAUAAACCGUAGCGAAAAAUCUUCCUGGGGCAUUGCAAGGAAUUCUGUACCAGACUUGGUACACUAUCCAAAAUGAUCAGUUUUCAACAAAAAAUUCUUUGAGACAUGCAAGAAACAGGAAAAUGUACCACAUACACAGGAAAACAAACAAAAAACAGCCAACAGAAAAAUGUCCCUGUGGGAGCACAGAAUUGGACCUAACAGACGAAGACUUUAAGUCAGUUUUAUAAACAUGUUCAAGAAACUAAAUGAAACCUUGUCUAAAAAAUUAAACUAUGAGAUGAGAUCUUACCAAAGAGAAUGUCAAUAAACACAGAAAUUGAAAAAGAACCAUAUAGAAAUUGUGGAGUUUAAAAGUUGGUAACUGAAAUGAAAAAUUCACAAAGAACUAAUCAACUUGAAGGUAGUUCAGUAGAGAUUAUUCAGUGUGAGGAGUAGAAAGAAAAUAGAAAUGAACAGAACUUCAGGAAACCAAGUGUACCAACAUAAGCAUAAUGGAAGUUGUAGAAGGAGAAGAGCAAUGAAAGAGGCAGGAAGACUGUUUAAAGAAGGAAUGGCAGAAAACUUUCCAAACUUGCUAAAAAAUAUUAAUCUAUACGUUAAAGAAACUCACUGUGCUCCAAAUAGAAUAAGCCCAAAGUGUUUGACACUUAGACAUGUCAUAGUCAAAUUUACAAAAGUGAGAGAGCUCUUGAGAGCAACAAGGAAAAAGUAAUUUAUCAUAUAAAAGAAAUCUUCAGUAAGAUUAGUAGCUGCCUGUCAGAAACCACAGAGGGUAGAAGACUUUAUCCAAGUGUUGAAAGAAAAGUUCUGUAAACCAGGAUUUUGGUAUCUAGCUAAGGUCUUCUUUCAAGAUGAAGGACAAGUUAAGAUACUUGCAAAAAGAACAACAACCGGAGAACUUGUCCCUAGCAGACCUGAACUACAAGAAAUAUUAAGGGAAGUCUUACAAUUUGAAUUAAAAGGGUACUAAGCAGUAAACUCUAAUCCACACAAAGAAAGACCAAUAGUAAAGGUAAUUACAUAGGUAUUAUGAAAGACAUACUUAUAAAAACAUAUAAAUGCAUUUUUUUCUGUGUAAUUUUUUUCUUCUAUAUGUUCUAAAAGACAACUACUGCAUAAUGCCAUAGUGAUAAAACUGUGUUGAUGGGCUUAUAAAAAGUUGUAGUUUGAUUGCAAUAGUAGUCAAAAGAAAGGGAAGGGAAGUACAUUGGAGGAAAGUUUUUAAUUAUUAUUGAAAUUAAGUUAGUAUUAAUAUAGAUUAGAAUGUUUUAACUUAAAAUGCUAAUUGUAAUUUCCAAGUCAACCACUAAGAAAAUAACUCAAAAAAUUAUAGUGAAAGAAACAACAUGGGAAUGAAAAAGGCACACUGUAAAAUACCUAUUUAACACAAAAGAGGGCAGGAAUUGAGAAAUAGAAGAUAUUACACAGCCCAAAUAUGCCCAUAUGGAAUAGAGGUUAUAAUGUAUAAUUUCCACAUUAAAUAAUGUAUUUAUGUACUCUUUAAGAUAAUAGAGCAUGUUGGUUCAUAGAUCCUCUUAAGGGCUUCAUUUUAUGAUACCACCACACACCGAUAAGCUUUUUUAAGAUACAGUAUAAGAAAAAUGCACCAAAGUCUGUGUGAAAUGAUUCCAUUAACCCUAAGUUUUUAAAUUGUAGAUUUGUUUCUCUGGAGAUAAAACAGUAAUAUAUGGAAAUGAGAGAGACCCUUUAUUUUGUUUCUGAAAGUUUGGGUAUAGAAAAUUUAGUUCUUUCCCAUUCUCUAAAUAUAGAAAAGAAAAAAUGAGCAAACGGCAUUGGAGAACAGAGGAAAUCAUAGGGAAAAUGCAUCUGGAGAUAUAUUCAUAUAGGAGAGGGUUGUCAAAAAGAGAAAUGUUCUGGGCAGAAUAUUUCAGAAGUUGUAAGAGGUAUUUCUGUCUGCAUUUUCCAUAUAUUGUUGAUUUUGUUCUCUAUGGGUACCUAGCCCAGUGGAGAUGUGAUCUCAUAACAAAGCUUGUCCAUUGCAGUUUAGAGCUGCCAGAUUUAUAAUGUAUUACAUAUGCCUUCAGAAAAUAGAAUCCAUGUUUAGCUUUAUGGUGUGAAGAAAGUUUAAUUAUAUCAAACAAUAUAUGUAAUUUCCUUAUUAUAGGAAAAGUGACUGAAUUGAAUUUUCUUACUGAUUUAAACUAUCAUGUAAAAAUGAAAUUCUCAAUCUGUUUGCAGUCCCAGCCCAGUUGAAGAAUAUAGCACAGUUGCAUCACUAAUGAUGGCUCACUCAACUGGGAGCAUCUCUCUGGGUGAGAAUAAGCAAUAUUUUAAAAGUUCUCCAAGUAAUUCUGAUAUGGCAUACCUCCUUUCUGUUAUAAAUAACAAAUUUAAGUCAUGGGUUCCUAGAAUCAUACAGAAAUCAGUGUUUUUGAGAGAGUACAAUGAUUAAAAUUGAAUCUACUCUUGUGCAACUUUUGUUUUAAGCAAGGUCUACUGAAGCUUUCCUAUUCUUUUUUUCUGUUAUCUUAGCAGAGUUUUCAAGAAAUUUUUAUCCCUAGGUUUUUUUUUUAAACCAUAUUACCCAUUUUUAAAUGUACAUUCCAAUAGUUAAUUAUGUUUGUUGUUGUUCAACAGAUCUCUAGAAUUUUUUUCAUCCUGAAAAACUGCAACUCUACACCCAUUGAAGAGUAUCUCCCCUCACUCCCUCCCCUUAGCUUCUGAGACCAUCAUGCAGACAUCAGAGACUGGGUCGGACACAGGUUCGACAGUGACUUUACAGACAUCUGUGGCUAGUCAAGCAGCAGUGCCUACACAGGUGGUACAGCAAGUUCCAGUACAACAGCAGGUACAGCAGGUACAGACCGUGCAGCAGGUACAGCAUGUCUAUCCAGCUCAGGUUCAGUAUGUUGAAGGAAGUGAUCCCGUCUAUACCAAUGGAGCGAUCCGAACAACUACUUACCCUUACACAGAAACACAGAUGUACAGCCAAAACACUGGAGGGAAUUACUUUGACACUCAAGGGAGUUCUGCACAGGUGACUACCGUGGUCUCAUCCCAUAGUAUGGUGGGCACUGGUGGGAUCCAGAUGGGCGUCACAGGAGGACAGCUGAUCAGCAGCUCCGGAGGGACCUAUCUGAUUGGCAAUUCAAUGGAGAAUUCCGGUCACUCAGUGACACAUACCACUCGGGCCUCUCCUGCAACGAUUGAAAUGGCGAUUGAGACGCUGCAAAAGUCUGACGGUCUGUCCACUCACAGAAGUUCUCUUCUCAACAGCCAUCUCCAGUGGCUGUUGGACAAUUAUGAGACAGCAGAAGGAGUGAGCCUUCCCAGAAGCACUCUAUACAACCACUACCUACGACACUGUCAGGAACAUAAACUGGACCCAGUCAAUGCUGCUUCUUUUGGAAAACUAAUAAGGUCAAUUUUUAUGGGGCUACGAACCAGGAGAUUGGGAACUAGAGGAAACUCCAAGUACCAUUACUAUGGGAUUCGUGUCAAGCCAGAUUCCCCUCUUAAUCGUCUACAAGAAGACAUGCAGUAUAUGGCUAUGCGACAGCAACCCAUGCAACAGAAACAAAGGUACAAGCCUAUGCAGAAAGUGGAUGGGGUUGCAGAUGGUUUCACAGGAAGUGGUCAACAGACAGGCACAUCUGUUGAGCAAACUGUAAUUGCCCAAAGUCAACAUCAUCAACAGUUUUUAGAUGCAUCUCGAGCACUUCCAGAGUUUGGAGAAGUUGAAAUCUCUUCUCUGCCAGAUGGUACUACCUUUGAGGAUAUCAAGUCACUGCAGAGUCUUUAUCGAGAGCACUGUGAGGCAAUAUUGGACGUUGUUGUGAAUCUUCAAUUUAGCCUGAUAGAAAAAUUGUGGCAAACAUUCUGGCGCUAUUCUCCCUCUACUCCGACUGAUGGCACUACCAUUACUGAAUCAAGCAAUCUGAGUGAAAUAGAAAGUCGACUUCCGAAAGCAAAGCUGAUAACUCUGUGCAAACAUGAGUCUAUCCUGAAAUGGAUGUGUAACUGUGACCAUGGGAUGUACCAGGCUUUGGUGGAGAUUCUCAUCCCCGACGUCCUUAGACCUAUUCCUAGUGCCUUGACCCAAGCCAUUCGAAAUUUUGCAAAAAGCCUUGAAGGUUGGCUUUCCAAUGCCAUGAACAAUAUUCCACAGAGAAUGAUACAAACCAAGGUUGCCGCUGUAAGUGCCUUUGCCCAGACUCUGCGAAGAUACACGUCGCUCAAUCACCUGGCCCAGGCAGCUCGUGCAGUGCUUCAGAACACGUCUCAGAUCAACCAGAUGCUCAACGACCUCAACCGAGUCGACUUUGCCAAUGUCCAGGAGCAGGCCUCCUGGGUGUGCCAGUGUGAUGACAACAUGGUUCAGAGACUAGAAACAGACUUCAAGAUGACUCUUCAGCAGCAGAGCACCCUGGAGCAGUGGGCUGCGUGGCUUGACAAUGUGAUGAUGCAAGCACUGAAACCCUAUGAAGGAAGACCCAGUUUUCCUAAAGCUGCCAGGCAAUUUCUGCUAAAAUGGUCUUUCUACAGCUCGAUGGUUAUUCGGGACUUAACCUUACGCAGCGCUGCAAGCUUUGGCUCCUUCCACCUGAUCCGUCUACUCUACGACGAGUACAUGUUCUACUUAGUAGAACAUCGAGUUGCUCAGGCCACAGGAGAGACACCCAUAGCAGUCAUGGGCGAGACAUACCUUGUAGAUGAAAAAUAUACUCCUAUCAUGGAACUCUUUAUAAGCAAACUUCUAAAUUUUGGUGAUUUAAAUGCUGUGUCUCCUGGAAAUCUGGAUAAAGAUGAAGGCAGUGAAGUGGAAAGUGAGAUGGAUGAAGAACUAGAUGACUCUUCAGAACCUCAAGCCAAAAGAGAGAAAACCGAGCUGAACCAGGCAUUUCCAGUGGGCUGUAUGCAGCCUGUUCUUGAGAGUGGCGUGCAGCCAAGCCUCCUGAAUCCAAUUCACAGUGAGCACAUCGUCACGAGUACUCAGACUAUCAGACAGUGCAGCGCUACAGGAAAUACCUACACUGCAGUCUAACGAAUAUUAAAGCAUAUUUUUCCAGCUAACAUUAACCCUGUUGAUACUGGGCUUAAGUUGAAAAUUUAAUAAGCCUGAAGGUCGACUGUUGUCAAAUUCUAUCUGUGCUGAACAUUACAUUUUUGGAGUUGUGAAAUGGAAUGGGUGUAUGUAUUUUACCAGGUCCUUUUUUUUUUUUUUUUAACCUAAAAUAACUAUUUGCCUCUUAAUAAGAAGAGUUUUUUUUCCCCUUAGUUUCAGGUGUCAAGAAGGAUUUUUACAACACUUAAUGUCAAUGUUUUUGUUUUCUUAUAAUUAAAUAGUAAUUUACAUUUUUUGUAGCUUAAAAUAUUCUAUUGUUGAUUGUUAGUCUUGGUGUAUGAUUUCAUGUGUAAGUUUUUAAUUAGAUGCACUUCUGUGAAAUAUCAAAAGAAAUGAAUUUCUUUGAUUUACACUGGAGGCAUGCCCAUUUGGCAGCAGAUGCAUCAAAUUUGCUUUUGAAAGGUGCUUUUCAUUGGGCAGUACCACAAGACACUAUUUUGAUAACAUUUUGGUAUGGAAAGAGAAUACAGAGCAUUUUUAUUAUAGUGCUAGAGGGUUGGGAAGGUCAUCUAUUUUUCUCUGAAAAAAAUAUUGAGCUGUGCAUUUAUCAGUUCAGAGUAAAUGACAGAAUUGCAAGAGAUUAUGCUAAUAUGUACAUAAUUUGUGUACAUAAUUAUUAAACCAUGUUAAUGCAAGCUUCCGUUAAACAUUGAAUUUUAACUCUUAUUUGCAUACCAAUUCCUCUGUUUAAAGACUACUGAUUCUGUAUUUGGGACCACUGCACAGAUGCAUUCUGCUGUUGAGUGGGGCUGUUAUAGUUAGAUACUGAAGCUGAAAAAAAUGACUUGACUUUUUUUUUAAGUGUACAUGCUACUUAUGCUGAGCUGGAUAUACAGGAAACCAUUCCAUUUGGAUGACUUUCUUUUAUUCCAGGUCUUUUUCCUAAUAGUAGUUCAAUAUGCUGCUAUUAUAAAAGAAAAUUUAUAGAAUGCAAGGAAUGUAGCAACCUGCAUAUCAUUAUUUCCUUCAAAAAUAUUUCCUGGUUUCUAAAGUAUGUGGAUUUAAAUUUUAAACAGAACCUGAAGGCAGUGUAAAUGGCACACCACACUGCUGCUUAUCCCCAGUUCUGUAGGAUUUGGAUAGGUGGCUGGGUGGACCAAUGCCAUUGAAGAAUGUACAUCAGGGAUCACCGUACCUCGGCUAUUACAUGGUGCCUUAAAACAGAACUGAAGCUAAGGUUUAGUAAGGCUUAUUCUGUUCAUGUGAAUUCCUCUUCAAUCCAUUUGACAAGGUGUGCCUGUCAUUUUCAGAUUCCUGAAGUAAGGACAGGUUACAUGUUCUUCAAAGGAAAUUUAGGGCAAACAAAGCAAAACAGACAGACAAAAUCAAUUCUCUUAUUUGAGUGACCAUGAACGUAAUUUUUGUUCUUAGAACUGAAUAUUACUUGAUUACAAACCAGAUUGCUUAAGGGUGGGAAUAGCAGGCUAGUUUUAAUUACCAACUUGUUACCUAAAAUAAUAUAUGUUUUAGAUCAUUUUUAUCUAGUUAUACUUUAAGAAAGUUAACAAAAUAAGCAGGUACUUAUUGAAGUGCAUCUUUUCAGUCUAAGUGUUUGUGUGUCUCGGUAUAUGUGUGUCCACAUGCACACGCAUGUGCCUGUGGGCAGGAGUCAGCUACAAAGUUAGAAGGUGAGAUCCUAGAGAGGAUACACUCAUCCCCAUAUUAAUUUAUGUGAAAAGCCAAGGUUCUUUUAAGCAUUCAAAUUAUUAACAAACAAGCAGGCACAUCCAUUCAUUUAAAUAGCUGUAAAAAAGCUAAUCAGCAAAAAUAAAUGAAUACCUAAAGCCAAAAAAAAAAAGGGAAAGCACAAAAUUAUUUACAGAUUAUUAAUGAGGCCUAUAUUAAACUCAAGAUAUUUAUCUUUCCAGUUUUAUCGGGGUGGGGGGAGGGCGGGGGUGGAAGAAAGUGAGCCACUCUGUAAAGUUAAAAAUACCAAAUGGCUUAUCGGGUAAUGUGCAGUAUGUUCCCAGCUGCUGUUGCUCGAUUGCCUUAGACUACUCAAAUAACCGAGAUCAACAAAGCUUCUGAAGUAAACUUUAAAUGGUUUUCGGUGUAAUUUUUUAAACUGCUUCCAAUUUUGUAUUAUAUGACUCACUCAUGUAUUUGAAAGUCUUCACUAGCAUCUCAGCAUCCACUUCAUCUAAAAUUCAUUUAUAUGAUCAUCUUCUGUUUUUUUCUCCCAAAAAAGCAAUGAAUUUGCACCAUCACACACACACAAAGGCAAACAAAACAAAACACCUUAAGCUGCAAAGACCCUAUAUCAACAUCAUUGCGCAUUAGGAAAUGUUUACAGAUACAAUUAAAAUCAAAAAAUGAAAAAAAAAAAACCAUUCUUCAUUCGACUCUCCUGUCUGAAUUUUUUUCCCUUUCCUACUCCAGUCCACCAUCCCCUGAACUAUACUGUAUCUGUAUUGGGCCAAACAUAUUUACAGGUUUCAUCUUGUUGAUUGAGUGAUUUUAAAUGUGUUUAUUACCAUUGUUUAUUUUAAUGUUGGUAUAUUUGUGUCCUUAGAGGAAUCUGCUAAUAAUGGGCAAAUUUAGAUUAAUGAAAGUUAGGGACUGGGGACCCUCCAGGAUUCAACAUUUCUUCCAAUUGUUCAUGGUUUGUUCUACAUUAAGACAGAUUAAGAAUUAAUAAAUACUCCAUUUCAACUUGACUCACUAAAAAUAUCCCGAUCACUUUUAUGAACACAGUUAGGAAGAUUAAUUCUUUGUGACUAGGGUAGGUAGUUCUGACCAGUAGACAACAGCAUCCACAGUCUCUGCUACUUCCCCUUAUUUGUAAUCCACAGUAAGACACACACACUUACACAGUCACACACAAACGUCUUGAGCAAUUUUGGAUUUGAGUUGUGAAAUAAAUUAGAAAAUAAAAACAUCAUAUUUUAUACAUUUGGACAAAUUGGAGCAGUCAUAUCUAUUGAACAUUUUAUUUCCAUUGUUUUCACUCAUUCAAACUGACUUUUCUAAAUAAUAUAGACAUCAAUAUUCUCAGAGUAGACUUAUUGACAAGUGACAAGUGCACAUUCGAAGGACUUAGUAUUUCUUGACAUUGUAAUCACUUGUUAUGAAAAAUAUCUACACACACAAAGUGUUACAUAAGACUUUCAGUGAGGAAAAAUGUAAAGAAGGUAUGUUGGCUGUUUUUAAGUUUCAAGAAAGAUAUUUCUAUAAUAGGGUUGAGUAUCAUGGGUAUAGUUUCAUCUUCACAAAUAGUUUGAGAAUUAUACACAAAAGAUUUGAAAUUUUGAAGCCAGUGAACAAUAGGGUGAAAUGGGUGAAUUGUCUCCUUGGAACACAGGGCCCAAUUUUUAAAAUUUUCUUUGGAUAUCAAGAAGCUGGUUAUUUUUUCAGGAUUCUCAUCCAAACUAUGUUUGGACAGACUGUAUAAGUCUUACUGCCUUUUCAGAAAUCUGCUUUCUUUUUUGUGCUUUUUCCUGUACUGUAUAGCACGGUUCAUGCACCUCUCUUUAGAUGGUGUACUUUAAAAACAAAAGUAAAUUUUAGAAAAUGGUUUUUAACACUGCAUACCUAAAAUUAGUAGUGUGCAACAUUGACUGCCUUUGAUUUAUAGUAGACAAGUAAAAAUGAACACGUUCUUGUAGAAUGCUGUCAAAGUCAUUCAGGAAUGAAUACAGUUCCAUUAUCAUAAUCACGAACCUUUUUAUAUGAAUGCACUCUCUGGAAGUGCUAAGCGUGAUGCAUUUUCAAAUUUUAAAAAACUUUAGAUGAUAUAUUUGAAAUGUCUAAAAUAAUGCUGUGCUUGAAACAUCAGUGUAAAAGAAAAAAAAUGUGUGUCACUGUGAUGUUGGUCCUCCCUGUGUGGACACAAGUAGAAAGUCUAAAACUUUGGCAAGUCACCUUCCUGUACUAUUUGAGGCAGUGGUUAUAUACAACAAAUUGACCUUUGUUAUAACCUCCUUUCCCCCAAAUUCUUGGCGAAAAACUAACAACCAUCAAAGAACUGAAAUCAGAACUUGUGUUUUGUAUGAAACACCAGAAGCCAGGGGAGAGGAGUGCUGACAUGCAGUGCUGUUGAAAAUUGGGCUUGUCACUAGAUCAGAUCAACCUCCAUGUAUAUGGUUAGAACAAAUCAAUGAAUGGAAUUCUAGUAUUUCUGCAAGUUUGGUGAUUUUUUUAAAAACUGGAAUAGAAGCAUUAAUUCAGUGCUUAGUUCUAGUAUUAGAAAACCCCUUUGAUGUAAUGCCUUGUAUUAACCCUUUGAGCAUUGUAAGAUAUACAAUGGGGGACAAAAGCCUUUCAGAUCAUUUAUUUAGACUUAGACCGGUAAAAUAUACUCUAUAUCCAAAUGUCUAAUUAUGCUGUUAUUUUUAAGGGGGGGUAGGAAGAGAAAGUGUUUCCACGCUGAACACUUGCGUUUUAUAUACAACUCUUAAUUUUCUUCAAGAGGGCUUGAUAUAUUUAUUCCCAAAUAUUCACUGCCAUCUAAGUAAGUGUACUGUUUACAGAAAAAAAAAAUCAACUUUUCUAGCAUCACAUCAUGACUCUAGAAAAGGAGGACAAAUACAUGGGCCUGUAGACCUAUGUCAGAACUGAUCUCUGCACACUGAAAGUACCUAGAUUGCCUUUAAAAGGUAUGAUAAAGAAAGGGUUGCAUUUCUUUUUUUUUUUUUUUCCCAAAACAAAACAAAAGAUCUCAUUUAUUUAGCUGGACAGUUGUAAGUGAAGCCUUAGGAAGAAAUGAGUUGGAGCUGAUAAAGAAAAGCUGAACUCUUUGGGGGCAGGUAAGCAAUUUGGAGUUCGAUCUCUCAUAAAAUACCAUUUGGGAAUUUCAUACAGGGCAUAAUUUUAUCUAUGCUCCAAAACUUUAACACUUUGUUGAAAAAUUAUGUAUAGAUAGAAUGGAGAGCAAAGCACUUGAUUUUAAGCUCAUCUGUCGAGAUGCCAGGACUACUGCUUUUGGGAUCUGUAAAUGCCAGUGUGCUUACACUAUUGCUGAUUUUGUUCAAGGGACGCUGUCUGCGUGCACUUGACUCCCUUUGUCCCCCCGCAUGAAGGAACACGAGAGCAGUGUCCUCUGCAGGCGUGCUGGCACUGCCCCAGCCGGCGCAAGUAAAAGUGUAACCUAUUCCGAUGUCUGGUGGAAGGACAUCCAUAACAUAGUGCAAGUUUGCCGUAAACAUUGCUUUUUUUAGGCAGUUUAAGAAGUCAAACCAUGCAAAUUACUCAUGUGUUAACAUGCAAUACUCAAAGGGUUUUAAUUUAACUCUCUUCUUUUGAAUUCUUCACAAUGAUUUACUGUAAAUGCUUCUCAGUUUGCAUGCUCUGAUCAUUGCUGCUAGUGAUUUUAUGUGCCAGUAGACCUGAGUUUAGUUUACCAAUUUUACUUAAAUAGUAAAAGCCACUUACAAAGUGACUGCCUAGGGUUUUUUUUCUUUUGUUUGAAGUAACUAGUAAUAUGUCUUCUUUUCAAAACUGUGUUUUGUCUCUUUUAUUUGGUUCUGAUACUUAAUUCUUUUUUUCCCCUCUUUCCUUUGUUUUUAAAAUAAAUUAUGAUGUUGGGAUUGGAAGCCCUGAGUAAUGAAAUCUUUGGUAAGAAUUGUAUUAUGUAGCCCAAUAAUGAGGACAACAAAUGUUUGUUCAAAGAAUUAUGAUUCCGGGGAGGAAAGAAACAAAAUCUCCCAUUGACUGUUGAUAACCAAGUAAAUUUUUCCUUUAAUGAAUUAAUAGUUUGAACAAAUGAUUGCCUUGUUUCAACCUGCUAAACACAAUUUUAAACAAUCCAGUAACGGAGGUAUUGAAUUUCAUUCGUUUAAAAAGCAUCUUUUGUACCAAAGCAAAUUUUUUUUCUCUACUCAUCUCCAUUAUUGAUUGGGACUUAUGGUGGUGAGCAGUGCAUCGGUUACAGAAACUUUAAGUGAGUGCCUUGAGAAAACUUGGAAAUUUGUGCCUGGAGUGGUAAACUUUUAAUUAGGUUAAUUGUAGUGCUUACCAAUCAGUAAUUCUACUAUCAUUCAGGGCUUUCGUACCUUCUAGGUAAAACUUCUUUCAUUGUGUUUUUUUAAAAUACUGUAUUUUUUUUUAAGUGCCAUCAUUUAAAUUUCACUUAGUAAGUGGCAGAUUACAUUAUUCAGUCCCACAAGCACAGAAACAUAGUAACACUAGGAGAUAUUUGAACAUUUAUUUUACAAUCGACUGAAUAUAUUAUGUAAAUGAGGUAAGCAACUUUUGUAGAGAUUGUAUGUGUGAGAUAAUGUAAUGUUCUUUUCCAGUUUUUGGACUACAGUUGAAUAAACUUUUUAAUUAUUUAAAAACAUCUUUACCGAAUAACAUGUGAUGGUUUUUUGUAUAAUGUAUUUGAUUUUGUAAAUACGUAUUUCCUGAUGUGAUUUUUGUGAGAAAUGCUAAAUCUUUUAGUAUAUCAUGUCCUCUCAAAAUUGGCAGGAGCUAAAUAAUAGUUUGUGGGCGAUUUGUAUUGUGUACUGUACAAUAACUGGGGAACUUUUAUAAUUAUAAAAAUAUAUAUUAACUUUUAGUGUGUUGUUUAAACAAAUGACUGGAACAUACUAAAGAUAUUAGUAGGAUUUUUCUGAAUAUUUCAGACUUGAACUCAGGCUAGCUUUCUUGUGUUUUUCAAAACAAAAUGGUGUCUUGUCUUUUAAAAUCAAUAAAUUUGUUUCCUUGUUACAAAUACAUUUGAAAUGGCUUGAUUUUUUUUUGUCUCUUGACACUCAUUCGUUAGCUUAGAAACAAAAAUGUUUUUUUGUGUCAAAUAAAAUCGACAAUAUUUAUACAUGAACAGCACAAAAAAGAGAAAACAAAAUUAUAAGCCCAGCAGGGUACAAAUCUUACCCUCAAAGAAAAUUAGUGAUUGAGUGCUAUUUAAUUGCAGAAGCUGUCAACAUUUCCAUUGUAAAUCCAAAAUUCUGAAUGUUCAUAAUGUGUUUGUUUUAUGUCACUUCACAUUGAUAUUUGGCACCCAAGUUCCCUGCUUAGAUUGCAAAACUUACUAAAAUUCAUUUUAUUUUUCUUCUUUGAAUUAUGUAGUUACACCCAGGAAAAUUCACCCCAUAGUACAGAGUUACUUCUACAACAAAAAUAAUUGCCAUCUUAGCCCACAGAAACACCUAAAUAAUUCUUAUGUGGACAUUUAAUCUAAUAACAGAAAUGUAGCAAGUAAUGUUAUAUGAUAAAUAAGUGCAAGGAAGGUAGGCAGUUAUAGCCAAUAUCAGAGACAACGCUAUGGUAGAAAGAAAAUGAAUCUGACCAAGAUGGGCAUUUUUAUGUUCCAGCCAUGGCCACUUGUGAAAUGCUUGAAACUUUUUGUGCAACUAGAGUCCCUAGCUUCUAAUCUUAUUUUUGUACUUCUCUUGGAAUUCUGAGGUCC